UAGCCAAAAUGGAUUUCUAUUACUCGCCCCGUGGAAGUGGAUGCCGCACGGUGAUCAUGGUGGCCAAGGCCUUGGGUCUGGAGCUGAACAAGAAGCUAGUGAGCACCUUGAAUGGCGAUCAAUUAAAACCGGAGUUUGUGAAGCUGAACCCCCAACACACCAUUCCCACCCUGGUGGACAACGGGUUCUCCGUUUGGGAGUCCCGUGCCAUUGCCGUCUAUCUGAUUGAGCAAUACGGCAAGGACGACUCGCUCUUCCCCAAGGAUCCCAAGAAGCAGGCCGUGGUCAACCAGCGCUUGUACUUCGACAUGGGAACUCUAUACGACAGCUUCGCUAACUACUACUACCCACUUUACCGCACCGGCAAAUGCGGCUCUGACGAGGACUUCAAGAAGAUCGCGACCUCCUUCGAGUACCUGAACACCUUCCUCGAGGGUCAGGACUACGUCGCAGGCGAGCACCUAACCGUGGCCGAUAUUGCCAUCCUAUCCAGCGUUUCCACCUUCGAAAUCUUUGAUUUCGACCUCAGCAAGUACCCAAAUGUGGACAGAUGGUACGCCAAUGCCAAGAAGGUGGCUCCCGGAUGGGACGAGAACUGGAGUGGCCUUUUGGAAUUGAAGGCCUUAUCGUUCUUCUCUCCAGAAGGUACAACCAAGCACUCUUUCGUACUCAACAUGGACUAUUAUUACUUGCCCAAAGGUAGUGGAUGUCGAACAGUUCUAAUGGUUGCCAAGGCAAUUGGCAUUGAGUUAAAUAAAAAGCUUUUGAACACCUCGAAGGGAGAGCAUUUGACGCCGGAGUUCUUGAAACUCAAUCCCCAGCACACAAUCCCAACCCUUGUGGAUAAUGGAUUCGCGGUUUGGGAGUCCCGGGCCAUCGCCGUCUAUCUAGUGGAAAAGUAUGCCAAAGAAGAUUCUCUGUAUCCCAAGGAUCCUCAACAGCGGGCUUUGAUUAACCAGCGAUUGUACUUUGACCUGGGAACGCUUUUCGACUCUUUGGCAAGGUACUAUUACCCGAUUCUACGCACCGGACAUCCAGGAUCAUCUGAAGACUGGAAGAAGGUGGAAGCCGCCUUCAAGUUCCUAAACAUCUUCCUUGAGGGUCAAGACUACGUGGCUGGAAGCCACCUAACCGUGGCGGACAUUGCCAUUCUUUCCACCGUAUCAACCUUUGAAAUCGUAGACUUCGACAUCAGCAAGUAUCCCAAUGUGGCCAGGUGGUACGCCAAUGCCCAAAAGGUAACUCCCGGAUGGGAGGAGAAUUGGGAGGGUCUUCAGCAGAUGAAGCAGAGAUUCGAGAUCGGAAAGGCGAUGGCAAAGUAGGUUUGCAGUGUCUUUAGUAGAACUUGUGUAAAAUAAAGAUGUUUAUAUUCACUAUAAA